AGUUAAUAUUGCGGCGCUCAGUCUGUCUAGUAGUGAAAAAUGGCUGACCAAUAUACUUGUGAAACUCCUGGUUGUAAUGCUCCAGCUAGUUUACAAUGUCCUACAUGCAUAAAAAUUGGAAUAAAAGGAUCAUUUUUUUGUACUCAAGAAUGUUUUAAAGGAAGUUGGAAAUCUCAUAAAAUCAUCCAUUCGUUAGCACGUGGUGAAUCAACCGAUGGUAAAACCGAAGAGAACAAUGAAUACACACCGUGGCCUUCGUACAAAUUUAGCGGUGUUUUACGUCCAUUUCCCAAAUCAGCAAAACGUACCGUCCCCGCACAUAUUGAACGUCCCGAUUAUGCCGAUCAUCCAAAUGGCUACUCAUUAUCGGAAAUGUCGGUGAAGAAGAGCUCACAAAUUAAGGUAUUGGACGAUGAAGAAAUUGAAGGUAUGCACGUGUCAUGUAAAUUGGGUCGUGAAGUACUCGACGAGGCUGCUCGCGUCUGUGAUGUUGGUGUAACGACAGAUGAAAUCGAUCGAAUUGUACAUGAAGCGUGCAUCGAACGUGAAUGUUAUCCGUCACCUUUAAAUUAUUACGAAUUUCCCAAAUCAUGUUGUACAUCGGUGAACGAGGUAAUUUGCCAUGGUAUUCCGGAUAUGCGCCCGUUAAAAGAUGGUGAUAUUUGUAAUGUGGAUAUUACAGUUUUCCAUCGUGGUUUUCAUGGUGAUUUAAAUGAAACAUUUUUUGUUGGAAAUGUUAGCCAAAAGCAUAAAAAAUUAGUCCAGGUUACAUAUGAGUGCCUUAGUAAAGCGAUAGAAUUAGUAAAACCUGGUGAAAAAUAUCGUGAAAUAGGAAAUGUUAUUCAAAAACAUGCUCAUGCUCAUGGUUACUCAGUUGUUCGUAGCUAUUGUGGUCAUGGCAUACAUCGUUUGUUUCAUACAGCACCAAAUGUACCCCAUUAUGCUAAAAAUAAAGCGAUAGGUGUGAUGAAACCAGGACAUUGUUUUACAAUUGAACCAAUGAUAUCAGAAGGUACAUGGCGUGAUGAAACAUGGCCUGAUGAUUGGACAGCAGUAACAGCGGAUGGUUUAUGGUCCGCACAAUUUGAACAAACCCUAUUGGUAAAUGAAACUGGCUGUGAGAUCUUAACACGUCGACGAAAUGCCACUGGACUACCUCAUUUUAUGGACAAUCUAUAAUAAUUACUGUUAUUAUUAUUAUCCGUUAUUGUUAAUUGUAAUUAAUAUUUUGUCUUUGUCACACUCAAAUGGUUUAUUGCGGGAACGGGGAAGUGGGGGAAAUGGAAAGUGUCUCCCAAUCCUCCUGUUCUAGUUAUUUGUUUUCAAACAAAAUAAAAAGUUGAACGCGUUUUUUUUUUAA